UCGUACCGUUUCCGUUGUGUAAAUACGCUAUGGUAUAGAUGGCAAGUUUCUAACGACGAAGCGAUUUCUCACAAUCAGUCCCCCCGGUUCAGUACGUAGACGCGUGCGUCGCGACGCUCAUACUACCGCAGCUGCGUUCUCUGUUAUAUUAAAAGCGGCAAAUCAUCCGCCUCACACUCAAGGAAAGUCAGUGACUUCGGUAAUAAACUGGUAACGAAUAAACCUCGAGGGAAAUUUUAACGUAGUUCCCAAAAAUACGUUCGAAUAAUAUUUUAUAGAACUAUUGAAUUGACAAUCCGUUCGUCUCUAUUAUUACGCUCAAAGAAUCGAACGAAGGGAACCUGAUUACUUAGUCGAAACCCACCACCGCACGUGGUUCUUUGAAUAAGUGAAAUACGAUGUGCGCUCUUUGUGCGAACGAUAAGUGAGGAAAAUAAGAAGUAUAUCGCAUGAAAAAAGUGUCGGUGAAAAUUUACACCCAAUAGAUAUGACUGAGAAAAGUUACGUGAAAGUUCUCAGUUUUUUUCGCUUGUGGAAAAUAAAUUGUUUGAUGGAUAUUCUCCAGUAAAUUUUACAACACAGUGAAAGGAAAUGGAUACGUGGUGUCUGGAAGUUGAAAUUAUUUUAUCUUAAUGGAAAAAGAAAUAGAUAUGCUCGUCAUGACCGCAAAACUUGUGGCACAAAUGUGUUCGUAUAAAAUAAGCCUUCGGGCAGAUUGUGCGCGUGUCAAAUGGUCGAGUUGAUACAAACGAUAUCGUCAAGCGGGUUGGUUGGCCACAUUUUUCUCUUCGAUGCGUUUAUCCGUAGCAGAAUAAUUUUCCGCUCGUCGACAAAUGAUGAACGUUACUGGGUCGAUAUAUUUAAAAAUAAUCGUGGGAUUAUACCUUCGAAAUCGGACUAUACGAGUGAUAUCUUCGGUGAGUGGUGAAUUGGAUUCUGGAGCCGGAAUAGCCGGUGAAUAUCAGCUAUGUUGACGACGAACAGUAAAAAGCCGGGAAAGCUCUGCCCCGAGGAAGACGACGCCUCGACCGCUACGACACCUUGGAGUGAACUUCUCGUUCAUUCCUCGGUUCCAGCGGCGGCUGUUGCUGUUAAAUUGGGCGAAGAUGUCCCCGACGAAGAGCCACUCGAUGUUAUUGUACCCCCGGAUAAGGAGAAGCCAAACGCCAUUGGGAACUUCCAGAGAAGGGCUCUCAGCAGGAUGAGCUUUAAAGGAGAAAAUGGACCAUUACUGGGAAGGUACCGGCAGACGAGAUUCAGCACACGAAGGGUUCGGAAAAGGGUGGUUUUCAAACACGGCGACUGCAACGUCGUUCAAGGAAACGUGGCCAAAAGACGUCGAAGAUACCUGCAGGACAUUUUUACGACCCUCGUGGACGCGCAGUGGCGUUGGACUCUUCUGGUGUUCGCUCUAAAUUUCCUCCUCUCUUGGCUCGGAUUCGCAAUGGUGUGGUGGCUGAUAGUUUACAGUCACGGUGACCUGAAUCGAGGAAAUUUUGAAAAUCCAAACGUCACGUUCACCCCCUGCGUGGAAGACAUUCACAGUUUCACAAGCUGCUUUCUAUUUUCGGUGGAAACGCAGCACACGAUCGGGUACGGGUCGAAACACACGACCGAAGAAUGCCCCGAGGCCAUAUUCGUAAUGUGCAUUCAAUCUAUGACCGGAGUCAUGAUCCAGGCGUUCAUGGUUGGCAUAGUAUUCGCUAAAUUAUCCCGACCCAAGAAGCGAACUCAGACCUUGCUUUUUUCGAGGAACGCAGUUAUUUGCCAACGAGACAGUCAACCUUGUCUGAUGUUCCGCGUCGGAGACAUGCGGAAAUCUCAUAUAAUCGAAGCUCACGUCAGAGCGCAGUUGAUCAAGAGAAAGGUGACUCGGGAGGGAGAACUGUUGCCAUUUUUUCAAACGGAGUUGAAAGUCGGGGGCGACGGCGAGGAGGACAAGAUAUUUUUCAUAUGGCCGACGACGAUCGUGCACAAAAUCGACUCCAGAUCGCCCCUCUACAACCUGUCCGCCAGCGACAUGCUCAGAGAAAGAUUCGAGAUAGUCGUCAUAUUGGAAGGGGUCAUCGAAUCCACGGGGAUGACCACGCAGGCGAGAAGUUCUUAUCUACCCUCCGAAAUACUCUGGGGACACAGGUUCGAGCACAUCAUAACAUUCAGAAAAGAGAGCAGCGAGUACGAGGUGAACUACACGCUUUUCAACAACACCUACGAAGUCGAUACGCCGUUGUGCUCCGCUGCUCAACUCGAUCAAUUCCGAGCACUUCAUCGUUCCAAGGAAGAGAGGACAAGUUCCGCCAUUUUUUCUGGGAUCAGGGACGACUCCAGCAGCUCUUUGGCGACCAGUUCCGGCUCGAGUUUGGCAUCUUCAACGGGUGGUCUGCAGAUGCAAAUCCCUCAGAUACCACCGACGCCCAUUCCAGUAACGGUGACCGGCCCCGACGACUCCCCGCGUCACGGUAGCGUCGAGUACGAGGGUAUCACGCCGACGAAUCAAAGAUUGGCCAGUUUCUAUACCCAGGAUGAGUACAUGGACCCGGAGGACCUCCGAAGAAACCCGAGCUUCUGUUCGUCUAACUACACCGUGGAGGAUCUGAAAAAUCAGCAGGACUACAACCGGGUACUGGAGGACAUAAACGCGAGCUUGAGGAAAAAUCGUAAGUACAGUAUUCCCGGUAAAGAGGAGAAAAAGAUGCAGAGGGAGGGAUCGAGGGCGACUCUGGAGUCGAGGAGGAGCGAGGGCGUGAGGAGGUCAGCCUCCAGAACGACGAUGGACGGUCAUCAAAGUCACUCGCACUGCGGCGCUAUGAAGAAAUCGCCGUCCAGAUCCACCAUAGAUUCCAGGCACACGCGUUUCCACGACUCUCCCGAACGGACGCACGAGCCGAGCGAUUCGAAGGCGCAACCUCGGAAAACGAGCCUGAGCGACGGUCACAAAUCCAAACAGGAUCACCACCACGGCGUCCCUAAGAAGACGAGUUUCGUGCUGAACGACGACGAACCGAUAAAAAUCACCCCCGACCUGGUCACGGAAUCUCGGGAGAGGCGGACGCAGGUCGAAUUGGGAAAUGUGAUCAGCGUGACGCCGCCCCAGACAACGGAGAGAAGGCCACCCCCGACGCAGGAGGGAAACAACAAGAGGGCGAACAACCUUCAACCUCAACUCGCCACCCCGGAGGAACAAGUGUAGAAAACCGCAACGAAUAUCACAACGAAAUUUAAUGUCCUUAUUUCUCCAGAUGAAAGCAAAAUCAAACGAGACGAUAAAGGAUACACAAUUCCAACGAUCUUUCAACGGAUCGGUAUGCACAUUAUGAUACAAAUCGUCGCGUCGAAUCGCAGGUAGAUUUGAAGGAGCCAGUGACACGGGAAUUCUCGGGGAUACGUAACCCGGACUGUACAUAACGAGGAGGUUUCUAUAUUUAAACACUGCGAUUCUUCAGACCGGUUUCGCGUACCGAGAAAAUCUAACCGUUAAUCGAUCAGCGUGCUCUUGUGCCGCCUCAGUUUCGGAGGAUCGUCCCGUAGGAGAGUCCGAAUGAAUAUCGUCGCUGGAAUUCGGUGAUUUAAAUAAAAUCAGUGCCAAAAAUAACCGUUGCACCGGUCGGAUAUUCCCGAAUUUACCGAUUCGAUCGAUCGGAGGCUCGCACACGUGCCCACCGUGAGGAACUAGUGAUUUCGAUGCGCGAACAGGAAGAGACGUUCUGCAUCGAUAUUAUUAAGAUUUAAUAUUUCCGCAGCGCUGGAAUUAUUCUAAGGACGAUAAAAAAAACAAAAAAAAAAACCGGUUCGAAAAUCGUGCACCAAUCAAAAUGAACUCCGCGCAAUCG